AUGUCUUGGUAUAGAAGAGGUUCAGCUUCCUACGACAAAAAGACGUAUUUCGAUCCUUUGGCCAUUGUUCUUGCCUCUUCGUCAGUCACAGUUAGCUUGAGCGCUCGCUGCAUGAUGCUCUUUCCAUCUAUUCAUAAUGUCAGUCUUCUAUUCCUUGGGGCCUUGAUCGCAGUGAGCCAUAUACGCGGUGUUGCCGGUAUGUACGACAUUUCUUUGCCCUUGGACCCGGCUGGUCCGCUCAAAGUGACUCUCGACUAUGGCCUUGCGACAACUUGGCCGUGGCCGCAGGAUGUCAGCCUUACUACAGCCAAAUGCAAUUGGCAAUAUAGCAGCCACAUCGUGUUUGCGAAUCGCGUCGGGGACUCUGAUGAGAGUAACCCGCCGAUCUCAGAUGGGCAGCUCUGGCAAAUCGCACGAGAUGCUGCCGAUGAAAUGACCCGCGAACGAAUCAGGUAUGGCAUUCGUAAUGGAGCAGAGCCCGUAGGCAUGGCAGCUCUGGCUUGGGGCAAUGGAAUUAUCCUUGCCUCCUCUAUGAAAGGAGUGGGCUCCUUCUCCUAUGACUUUCUUAACGGCGACACGCCAGUCGGCAGAAGUCUUCAGCAAUGCCAGAUCGUCUGGAGAGAUAACAUUUCACCUGGCCAAAAUCCAAACAAAUUGCACAAAAAUAGGGGUAAUUGCGCUGAGCUUCUGGCAGCCCAUUUAUACUAUAAAAAUAACCGAUUCGACUUGCAAGAUCAAAAGGCGAGGAUGGGCACAUGGCUCAAUUUGGCAGAUGGAUGGGUCAAGAAGGACCCAUGUGGAACUACGGAGGAGGACGUUUGGGGCUGCAAUCUCUUCACCGCAAACCAGGGCCUGAGGACCCUGGAUACCAACACACCAUCGGAGCCCUAUACGCUGGCAUCUCUUGCAGGAGGGCCGACUAUUCAUGAACAGAUUUGGUUAUGCGGGGGUCAACCUAGAUUUUUUAUUGGCUAG